AUGUUUGCUUUCGGGAACCAGAUUUUCGCCGGUAUUCGUGCAAUACAAGAGCAAGAGCAAGCCGAACAGCAGGCCCAAGAGCAGGUCCCGAGGCCCAUCCGCCGACAGACAUCCGUCCGCCGAGAGCAUGUCCUUGCUCAUCAACGUCUGUUCGAGGACUACUUCGCCGAACAUCCCCGGUGGGGCGCGCCGGUUUUUCGCCGACGGUUUAGGAUGCAACGAGAGCUGUUUCUCCAGAUUGUUCACGCGUUGGAGGCGCGCGACGAGUACUUCCAGCAGCGGGAAGAUGCGGCCCACAGAAACGGUCCAUCCCCACUGACGAAGUGCACGGUUGCGCUUCGUCAGUUGGCAUACGGCACUACAGCGGACAUGUUCGACGAGUAUCUUCACGUCGGGAAUACAACUGGCCGGGAGUGUCUGGUAAAAUUUUGUGCGGGCGUUAUUGACGCCUUCGGCGUUACAUAUUUGCACAAGCCGAAUGCCCAAGACUGCCAAAACCUGCUGCGGAUGCACGAAACGGUGCACGGCUCCUAG